CCUUCUCCCUGGUGGCGUGGCUUUGAAGGCAUCAGGAAACGGUUAAACGGGUGUCGAAAAGGGAGCGGUGGGGGUGAAAUGAGGCGCGACCCGACUUAAAAAGGCCUUGAAAAAGGGCCGGAUUGGCGACCGUCAUGAGCGAGUGAGGCCAAAAGGGGGAGGGCAGAAGGGGGAUCGGGAUAGAGGGUGGCGCUACUUUGCUUCGAGGUCACAGAGGGCAGUCGCCUCCGGACUCGCUGGCACUCGGGAGAUAAACGCCAUUUUGGAGCGUCCGUCCCGGGGAACGUGCGGCAGCGCCAUGUUGACCCUCUGAAGAUGACGGCGGCCAAAGCUCUCGCCGGUGCCCAAAUGUGCUUCCUCGUCCUACUCCUGAUGAGCGGCGUCGCCUCGGUGUCGGCUCAGUUUAACGGAUACAACUGUGAUGCGAACCAGCACAGCAGGUUUCCUGGCGAGCGGGACGUCAGCGUGUAUUGCGGCGUGCAGACCAUCACGGUGAAGAUCAACUUCUGCCCGGUGCUGUUCUCCGGAUACACUGACACGGACCUGGCGCUCAACGGUCACCAUGGCGACGCCCAAUGCCGCGGCUUCAUCAACAACAACACCUUCCCCACCGUUGUGCUGUUCAGCAUCGGCCUCAGCACUCUGGAAGCUUGCGGCAAUAGCCUGGAGGUCAGCACAGCCUUGGGACCCAACGCCUAUGGGAACAUGUCGCUGGUACAAAUCGGGAACGUCUCCGGCUUCGUUGACACCCCCGACCCUCCGACUAUCAUCAGCUACCUCCCUGGUUUGUUGUACAAAUUCAGCUGCAGCUACCCGUUGGAGUACCUGGUCAAUAACUCACAACUGGCUUCUUCGUCAGCCGCCAUAUCCGUCAAGGACAGCAACGGCACGUUUGUGAGCACACUGAGUCUCAUGCUGUACAAUGACUCCACAUACAACCAAAUGCUCUCCAUCCCGAUGGCCGGCCUGGCUUUGAAGACCAGAGUGUUUGCUGCAGUCAAGGCCACCAAUCUGGACAAACGUUGGAACAUCUUGAUGGACUACUGUUACACAACCCCCUCAGGGAAUCCUAAUGAUGAACUUCGCUACGACCUUUUCCUGGGCUGCUACAAAGACCCUCAGACCACCGUUUUUGAGAACGGCAAGAGUCAGAUGGGACGUUUCUCCUUUGAGGUUUUCCGCUUUGUCAAGCACCGGCACCAGAAGAUGUCCACCGUUUUCCUGCAUUGCGUCACCAAGCUGUGCAAAAGCGACGAUUGCAUCAUGCUCAUGCCGAUCUGCGGGCGGCGGCGGCGAAGGCGGGACGAAGGGACCGGCCUCGGAUCGCCUCCGGCCGCCAGUGGCAAUGCCGUCAUUAGCGCUGGGCCAAUCAUCACCAGGAGUGAUGAUACCGCUGUCAACAACACUCAGCUUGCGCCAGGCGGCCCCUCCCAUCUGGUGAAUCCGGUGACCACGGCGCUCAUCUCGGGCGUGGUCAUACUGGGCGGGACGAGCGUCGGCUUCGUACUGCUGUCGCUUCGCCUCCUGCAGAAGUCACACGUGCUAGCAUCCUCCUCCUCCUCGGCAGCCUCAGGAGUUUGGAACCCCGCCUUUAAAUGAACACAAUUAAAUUAUAAACACACAAUAGUUCAUUAAUUUGCACACACGUCACUAAAUGUGUGUUUCAGGUGUUGUUAGAUUUUAAGUACACGACAAAAAAAAAACCUUCAAGUUAGAUAGUUUGAAUUCUUAUAAGGCAGAAAUCUUAAGAUGGGUGCAUUGUUACUAUGAUACUGACCAAAAGUAUAGAAGCAUGAUUUAAAAAUAGUUUUUUUUUUUGGUUAAAAUCAAUAAUAAAUAUAAUUUUUUUUUUUUAAAGAUGCAUUUUUGAAAUACAUUUUAAAAACAUUUUAAAGAACUUUUAUGCUUUAGGUGUUGAAUACUUUAAUAAAAAUGACAUUUU